AUGGAUGAGCAACAGUUCGUCCAGCUCCUCGAGGGCCUCCUGGAGCCCAACACCGAGCGUGUCAAGGCCGCUACUUCCACCCUGAACAAGAGCUACUACAGCUCUCCUGCCUCUCUCAAUGCACUGCUUCAAAUUCUCUGCGCGCAUCCCAAGCCUGCGCUGCGCCAAUUGGCUGCUGUCGAGGCGAGGAAGCUGGUGACAAAGCACUGGGCAAACCUCCCCGCUGACCAAAAGGCUUCCCUUCGCAACCAGAUCUUUCAGUUCACACUCAACGAAGAUGUCGCCCUUACCCGCCACUCUGCUGCCCGCGUCAUCGCUGCUAUCGCAGCCAUAGACUUCGAGGAUGGCGAGUGGGCUGACCUCCCCGGAUACCUCCAGCAAGCUGCUACCAGCGCCAACGUCCGACAACGUGAGGUUGGCACCUACAUCAUCUACACAACUCUCGAGUCGGUGGGUGAUUCCUUCCCUGCUAAGCCUGCCGAUCUGUACAAGUUGUUCAGUUCCACUAUCCAAGACCCAGAGAGUGUCGAGGUCAGGAUCAACACCAUGCUUGGUCUCAGCCGCCUGGCCAUGCUCUUGGAGCCCGAUGAGGACCCCAAGGCACUUGCUCUAUUCCAGGCAUCCAUUCCCGCCAUGGUCAACGUUCUCAAGGCUACCGUCGACGAGGGUGAUGAGGACCGUGCUAUGCAGGCAUUCGAGGUCUUCCAGACCCUUCUCGGCUGCGAGUCUGCGCUAUUGGCAAAGCACUUUGGAGACCUUGUCAAAUUCAUGCUGGAACUUGCCUCUAGCACAAAUGUCGAGGAUGACUACCGCUCCCAGGCUCUUGCCUUCCUCAUGCAAUGCGUCCGUUACAGGAGGCUCAAGAUCCAGGGUCUCAGGAUUGGAGAAGAGCUGACCCUCAAGGCUCUGCACAUCGUCACCGAGCUGGGCGAUCUGUCAAGUGAGGACGAAGACGUAACUCCUGCCCGUUCGGCUCUUGGCCUUCUCGACAUCCUCGCUUCCAGCCUGCCUCCAAGCCAAGUAGUCAUUCCUCUGCUCAAGAACCUCGGCCAAUACUUCCAAUCGCAGAACCCUGACUACCGCCAAGCUGGUAUUCUGGCUCUGGGCAUGUGUGUCGAGGGCGCACCUGACUUCAUUGCCACUCAGCUUCACGAGAUCUUGCCCAUGGUCCUUCACUUGCUUGAAGACCCUGAGCUCAAGGUCCGGGCUGCUGCUCUCAAUGGUGUUGCGCGCUUGGCUGACGACCUUGCCGAGGAUGUUGGCAAAGAGCAUGCCCGCCUCAUUCCCGCCAUGAUCAAGAAUUUUGAUCUUGCCGCUAGCAACUUGCAGGGCACAGAAGAUGACCGCAGCCUCUCAAUUAUCCGCGGUAGCUGUCACGCUAUUGACUCCCUCAUCGAGGGCCUGGAGCCUGAGGAUGCUGCUACAUACGUGCCUGAAUUGGUACCUCGUUUCAGCAAGCUCUUCCAUCACGAGGACCUCAAGGUCAAGAGUGCUGCCAUUGGUGCCGUUGGCUCCAUCGCCUCUGCCGCUGAGAAGGCGUUCAUUCCCUUCUUCGAACAGACCAUGAAUGAACUGUCCCCAUACGUAAGAAUCAAGAACAGCCAAGACGAACUUGACCUUCGUGGCGUCACCUGCGAUUCGAUGGGCAAAAUGGCCUCUGCUGUUGGCCCAGGGCCAUUCGAGCCUUUUGUCCUGCCACUGAUGGAGGCUUCCGAAGAGGCCCUGCAUCUCGACCACCCCCGCCUCAGAGAGACCAGCUACAUCCUCUGGAGUACCAUGGCCAAGGUCUACGAAGAACAAUUCGCCAAAUACCUCCCAGGCGCUGUCAAGGGACUCCAGGACUGCCUUGACCAGGAAGAAACUGGUCUCGAUGUCGAGCUUGGGGAGGAGGCUGCCGACUUGGCCGGAUCUGAAGUUGUCAUUCAAGGCCGCAAGAUCAAGGUUGCUGCACCCAGUGAUGAUGGUAGCGAUCUUAACGAGGCUGCAAUGGAUGACGACGAUUCCGAUGAUGACUGGGAUGACCUUGAGGGCAUCAGCGCCGUUGCCAUGGAAAAGGAGAUUGCUGCUGAAGUUUAUGGUGACAUUAUUACUCACACUCGCCGUGAAUACAUUCCCUACAUGGAGGCCACUGUCACCAAGCUGCUUGAGCUUGUAGACCACCCGUAUGAGGGUAUCCGCAAGGCUGCGCUUGGUACUCUGUGGCGAACAUACGCCUGCCUCUUUGGUAUGGCCGAGGGCGAUGGUAUGGCAAAGUGGAAGCCUGGUCUUCCUCUCGCUGUCGAACCACCAGAGGAGCUCCGCAAGCUGGCUAACCUCGUUAUGACUGCAACCAUGACUGUCUGGCAAGAUGAAAUGGAUCGUGGCACUGUCACCGACAUCAACCGUGACGUCGCAGCAACCCUCAAGCUGUGCGGACCUGCAGUGUUGCUCACCGAAAAUGGCACAGUGGUACCUGACAUGUGCCAGCACCUCCUUGCUGUUAUCACCAAACGUCAUCCUUGCCAGCAAGAUCUCGGUGACGAUGCUGAUGAGGACAUCCUUGACGAAUCCUCAGAGUACGACUGGCUCGUCAUCGAGACAGCGUUGGAGGCUGUAACGUGCUUGUCCGUUGCCCUUGGAUCGCAGUUUGCCGAGCUUUGGAAGAUGUUUGAGAAGCCCAUUGUCAAGUAUGCCAGCAGUCAAGAUUCGACGGAGCGAAGCGCUGCUGUUGGCACUAUUGCUGAGUGCGUUGGUAACAUGGGUGCUGCCUGCACACCCUACACCACAGGCCUACUCAAGCUGCUUCUCCACCGUUUGUCGGAUGAGGAUCCCGAGACCAAGUCCAACGCCGUCUAUGGCAUGGGUCUGUUGUGCGAGAUGACGACCAACGAUGACGAGAUUCUCAAGUCGUUGUCUAGCAUUUUCUCCAAACUUGAGCCUCUGCUCGGUGCACAGGAUCAGGCCCGUCUGCUCGACAACACAGCAGGCUGUGUUAGCCGUUUUAUCAGCAAGCACCCCGGCAAGCUGCCCAUUGCGGAGGUUCUUCCUCGGUUGGUGCAGCUCCUCCCUCUUCGCGAGGAUUACGAGGAGAACAAGCCAGUAUUCGGCAUGAUCGUCAAGCUGUACCAGCAAAACGAGCCCACUGUCCAGCAGCUCACUCCGCAGUUAAUGCCCAUCUUUGAGAAGGUACUUAGCCCUCCUGAGGAGCAGCUGGAGGAUGAGACACGCUCGCAGCUUGUUGAGCUCGUGCAGUACCUGCGCAAGUAAAAAGUUUCGUGUUGAAAGAGGAGAAGGGAUACCCGUCGAAAGACACCACUGAUGAAUUGGACAUGGAACGGCAUUCGGGGCCAUGACACGAUAGAACAUGACGCUAUGUAGUAUGAAUUUAUCCUAGAUUGAUUAAGUGCUU